CUCUGGCGCGCUCCCAGCCACGCUUAUAAACGUCGAUAAAUCUAGACACCACUCUUAUUUACUUGUGAAACGCUUAACCGAAAGCAACCAUUGAUUAGCGGCGCUAUAAAAUUGUUUGUAUGUACGCUUUGAUCGCUCAUUAUUAGCCGGUGUAAAUUGACGAAGGUGGCUUUUUGUUGCGCCGCGUGUUAUUGACACCACCACGAGUGAAUUGAAGAAGUAUACGCCACGGUUAACCACAAAAGUGUAAAUAAGGCAAAAACAAAAAAAAAACAACAAAGUAGUAAUUAAUGUAGUAUAAAAGUAAUAUUUCAAAUAUAUUACUAAUUUAUCAAAACCACAAAAUAUACGGGUGCUGUGUGAAGAUAUCGUUGGAAAGCAAUAACAAAGUAUUAGAUAUAAAAGAAAACUUUUAUAAAAGUGCACUAAUUAGACUUCUCAAAUUACAUGAUAGUAAUUGAUUAUUAUGAAAUAGUUAGAAUUUCAUAUUAUUACUCAAUUACGUACAAAUGGCGAAAGAUUAUAACGAAACGUUUCUGGAGCAAACUUUCCACUAUAUAGAAUAUGUGCUACAUCAACCGUUGGCACGUGAAGGCGAGCAAUGCGAAACUGAUGAUACCGGUUCACCGUUAGAUGAAUUUCCAGAAUACUUUACAUUGGAUGAAUUACGUCAAGGCUGGGUUGUGUUACACGUCUUCGCCGCCGUCUAUUUCUUCAUACUCCUCGCCAUCAUCUGUAAUGACUAUUUCCUGCCCACUGUAGAAUGUAUAUGUGAAGAUUUGAACUUAUCGAAAGAUGUUGCUGCUGCCACAUUUAUGGCCACUGCCACCUCGAUGCCUGAGUUCUUUACCAAUACGAUUAGUACGCUCAUUACAGACUCGGAUAUGGGUUUAGGCACAAUUAUCGGCUCGCUGAUGUUCAAUACUUUGGGUGUGGCGGCGCUGGGGGCGUUGUCUAUUAAUAAGCCUGUUCAACUUGACUGGUGGCCAAUAGCACGGGACUGUGUCAUCUAUGGCUUCAAUACGAUUGUACUCAUUAUACUCGCUUGGGGUGGUUAUAUUAACUUCAUCGAAUCAUGCAUAAUGAUGGGAUUCCUCAUUUUCUACUAUUUACUUACGUUUAACAACAACAAAUUUAUGCCUGCCAUACGCGUUUUCGUCGAAGAUAAGAUGAAUUGUUGCAUAUCAAAGCGAUAUGACUUCACUGAACCACCAGAAAAUAGUGCGAAGGCUCGGUUACCUCUUAAAAAGGAUCACUUGGGCGGUGAUGGUUUAUUUGUGAUAAAUUUACCCGAUAAUACCUCAUCCAUAGUGAAUUUAACGCAUUCGAAGAGCUGGAAUAGCGACGAAAGCGACGAUGUACCACCACCACCACAAAGACUCUUCUCUUUGCCACAUGGUGAGACGAAACUUCGAAAAUUCUGGUGGGCCUUCAUAUUUCCCAUACGACUUACACUCACUUUCGUCAUACCCAAUCCCGCGCAUCAUCGUCGCCUCUAUCCACUCUCGUUCAUAAUGUGCAUCAUUGCUAUUGGUCUAAAUGCCUAUAUGAUUGUGUGGAUGUUGACAGCCUUUGGUGUGACGAUAAACGUACCAGAAAUCAUAAUGGGGCUCACCUUCUUGGCAGCUGGUUCAACUAUGCCUGAAGCGGUAUCCAGUUUAAUUUCACUGCGCAAUGGUGAGAACGGCAUUGGUGUGUCGAACUCGCUGGGCGCCAACUCCCUCGCUAUUCUCCUGUCGUUGGGCGUGCCAUGGUUCAUUAAGAAUUGCAUGAAUUAUGGCAAAACAGAUGGCAGUGCCGUGAUAAAUAUUGCCGCACAAGGUAUCGAGUUCAACAUUCUCAUACUAUUGCUAUGUACCGCUUCACUCUUUCUCAUAUUGAGUUUUAGCGGUUAUCGUCUAACGAAACGGGCUGGUGUUGCGUUAAUCGGCAUCUAUUUAGUAUUCAUUGUGCUACAAAUUUUAAUCGAAAUGAAUGUAUUCUUUCCCGAACAAUGCUAAUGAGCAAUUAAGUGGAGAGAGAAGGCGUUGAAAUCACUUUAUAUGUAGUUCACAUUUAUAUAUAUACUUUUGUAAAUAUUUUUUUUUUAAUUAUGUUAAAGUGCGAACGCGAGCUAAUUAAGACUGUUUAGUUUUUUUUGUCCGAUAUAAAGGUGGAGAAAAAACCAAAUUUAUUUGUUAAUAAUGACAAAAUGCGAAGCCAAAUUUUAGCUGUUGAAUUUUUAGGUUAUAUUAUUAUAUAUUAGAUAAGUUGGAAAUGUAUGUAGGGUGUAGUAAUUGUUAUAUAUUUUUGCUGGAGAUACCUAUUAACAACUAUUUCUAGUUGAGAAGUCAUAUUAUUAAAAAAUUACAAUUAUUAUUAAAUUUUUAUUUUUACUAUUUUAUUUUUAACAUUUAAAAAAUUUGUGCUAUAGAAAAUCCAUUAGUGCCAGAAAGAAAUAAAAUCACAGCGGGAAAUCUAAAUGUUUAAUUGCAAUAUACAGAAGGCUAUGUAAAUCUGUAUUACGUGAAUUUAUAUACUCAAUUGGGUAAUAAUUAAUAUUAUUUAUUAUAUUUUUUACAUGUAGAAAAAAAUAUAAUUUUU